UGUCAUCAUGACAGUGACACCGGUGAGUGGCGCGCGGGUGCACGCGCUCAGGUGUGUUUCUCGGGCGGGUGCACGCGCUCAGGUGCGUUUCUCGGGCGGGUGCACGCGCUCAGGUGUGUUUCUCGGGCAGGUGUGAGUCGCGUGGCUUCAUAUGAAGGUGUCGGUGUUCAGUCUCUGUGUUUAAAUAAUCCUCCGCUGGUUCACACAGAGGCGCGAGCACGUGAGGUAGUCAUAAAGACACGCCCCCUCUAUAAUCUAUAGACAUUAAAGUUAAACCGCGUGUCGAGUUCAGUCGCAUUCACAGUUGUGUCUCUCUCACUCUCACACGAGUCUCAGUACUGACAGACUCUAACGAUGCUGGUCGCGAUCCGGCUGAUCUUCAUCCUCCGGUCCUUCAUCUUCAUCAGUGCAGAGAAGAUCUUCCACAGCAGAGAUCAUUCAGAUGUGCUGAACGACAUCCAUCAGGCUGAGCUCAUCACCGACUCCGACACUGCAGAGGUGUUUCUGUCUAAGUAUGGGUUCAUUAAAGCAGGAGACGUCGAUGACCCUCAGACCUCAGCAGAAGCUUCGGGUGAGAUGGACAUCGGUGUCUCUCUGGACCUGCAGGAGGCCGGAUCCACAUCGCAUGAUCUGCAGUUCCUCACGGCGCUGAAGGACUUCCAGAGGCUCAAUGCUCUUCCGGUCACGGGCGUGUUUGACGACGCCACCAAAGCAGCCAUGAAUAAACCCAGAUGUGGCGUCACGGAUCAGAACGAGGAACCGGAUUCUACUGCCGAGCCCGACAGCACCUCGACACUCGAUCACACUGAUGCUGAGACACGGACAUCCAGAAAUACUCAACCUCCGGUGAGGAAGAAACGGCACCUGGAAGCUCUUCUGAAGAGCAGGAGGAGGAGAGAUGCCGGACACAUGGCGUUCUCCAAGACUCUUCUGAAGUGGCGUCUGAUCGGGGAAGGUUACAGCAGUCAGCUGUCCAUCGAUGAGCAGAAGUACAUCUUCAGACUCGCCUUCCGCAUGUGGAGUGAAGUUUCCCCGCUGCAGUUUGUGGAGGACGUUCACUCUCCUCUGGAAGACAUCGACAUCAGACUGGGCUUCGGGACAGGCCGACACCUGGGCUGCUCUCAGCGGUUUGACGGCGCGGGCCGAGAGUUUGCUCACGCGUGGUUCCUCGGAGACAUUCACUUCGACGAUGAUGAACAUUUCACUGUCCCAAACACGGGCAACGGGAUCAGUCUUCUGAAGGUAGCGGUUCAUGAGAUCGGGCAUGUUUUAGGGCUUCCUCACAUCUACCGGCCCGGAUCCAUCAUGCAGCCCAGUUACCUUCCCCAGGACGGCGGCUUCGAGCUCGACUGGAUGGACAGAAAGUCUAUUCAGAGCCUGUACGGUGUGUGUACGGGUGGCUUCAGUACCGUGUUUGAUUGGAUCAGGAAGGAGCAGACGCCCUACGGUGAGGUCGUGGUGCGUUUUAACACAUACUUCAUGCGGGGCGGCCUGUACUGGCUGUAUGAGAACCGUAAGAACAGAACGCGCUUCGGGGAUCCGGUGGCGGUGCAGGUGGGGUGGCACGGGCUGCCCUCCGGUGGCGUGGACGCUUACAUUCACGUGUGGAACCGCAAAACAGACGCGGUCUACUUCUUUAAAGGUGUGCAGUACUGGCGUUAUGACAGUGAGAAUGAUCAGGUGUUCACGGAGGACUCUGACGGACACUCGUAUCCUCGCCUGAUCUCUGAAGGCUUUCCCGGUGUGUCUGGACCACUGGACACUGCAUACUACGACAGGAGAGACGCUCAUAUCUACUUUUUUAAAGGCUCACAGGUGUUCAGGUUCGACGUGCGCAGGAACCGCUUGGCCUCCUCUUCUCCACGACUCCUCUCUGAGGUUUUUCCUGCUUUUGUUCCCGGGAAUCACCCGAUCGGUCACCUGGACGCUGCGUACUUCUCCUACACACACAACAGUGUGUUCCUGCUGAAGGGCUCGGGGUUCUGGCGAGUGUCGAGCAGACGAAGAGCUUCUCUCUCGACGAGUGUCCUGUUGCCCCGCAGAGAGCUGGACCAGCAGUGGUUCGACAUCUGUGACGUGCACCACAGCUCUCUGAGGACCGCUCGCAGGUGACGCACACACACACACACACACACACACACUCAUCUGUAUACUAUCUGUGACGUGUAUGUAUUUAUUUAUUUAUUUUAAUGUGACAUUUUUAUGACUUGCCUCAUCUGCAUCAUUAAUGGCAGAACUGCAUGUUUUUGCAGCAUUUUUGAAUAUGAACAAAAUAUGCAAAUGAUAUUUAAGAGCUGUUGUGUGAGAACAUUUUCAGCUUAUAACUAAUUACUGGACACUGGAAUAUACAGUUCAUAUACUAAUUAUAUAUUUUUAUGUUACCAUAUUGCCUUAGUGUUGUUAUAAAGUUGAGCACAAAAUCACUGAAAUAAUUCAGAUAUUCUUUGUGUAUGUCAAUCAACAUGUACGACUUGACAAAAACAUGUAUUUAUUUACACUGUUUGCUGGAGUAUGAUUCACUCUUUAACUUAUUUAUUAUUUGUUUAUGAACGUGUUGUUUUAGAAUAAACG